AUGGUGGGAGACCGUGUUCUGGCUGCAAGUUUCCCCAUAAAUGCUCCGAAUGUGGAGGCCCGCACGGGGCAGUUCAGUGCGUCAGCCAGAAUCGCGGCAACGGUAAACCAGCCCUUAGUUCUUCCCAAUCAUCCUCCCCAUCAGCCUCUAACCCUCGUCCAAAAUCCAUUGUCACCAUACCUAACCCCGCUAGACGCUACAACAACCUAUCCAAUGCAAAGCCGGCUGCCGACGCCAAUUAAGCCUCAAGUCCUAGCGAAAUAUUUAGAAGGUUACGACCAUGAAUUAACCACAUUUCUGCUGGAUGGUUUCACGGACGGCUUCCGUUUAGAAUAUCAGGGAGUUCGCGCUAGCAGUUUCUGCCCGAACUCGCCGUCGGCUAGUAAGCAUCCAGAGGUCAUCGAUAAGAAAAUUGCAUCUGAGCUACAAGAAGGUAGAAUUCUCGGCCCGUUUGAUUCUCCACCUACGCCCGAUUUUAGGGCAUCCCCCAUUGGUGUUGUCCCUAAGAAGGAACCUGGGGACUUUCGUAUGAUCCACAACCUGUCGUACCCUCGCCAAGGCGAUUCCAUUAAUAAGGGCAUCCCCAAAGAUCUUACUAGUGUUAAAUAUUCUUCUAUCUAUGAUGCAAUUUCCUUCAUCAAAAAGCAGGACAAACAGGUUUACCUAGCGAAAUGUGACGUUAAGUCGGCUUUCCGUAUCAUUCCCGUUGCUCCCGAAGAUUACCCCUUGCUUGGCUUUGAGUGGCGGGGAAAAUACUAUAUGGAUCGGGUGUUACUGAUGGGGGCCAGCAUUUCCUGCUCCCAUUUCGAAAGGUUUAGUACUGCCAUAGAAUGGAUUUGCCUAAAUAAGCUGGGUUUUUCUUCCGUGGUCCAUGUGCUGGACGAUUUUCUUUUUAUUUCGCUCUCCAAGGACGCCUCUAAGAGGGACUUGGAAAAAUUUGAGGCCUUUUGUAAAGAGGAAGGCAUUCCGUUGGCCCCGGAAAAAACCUUCUGA